UUUAAAACAAAUGUAGUUAAAUAAUGUUUAGAGAUGUUUAGCCCUAGAAUAAAUUGGAUUCUUUUUUCAUCUGUUUUCUUCAAAAUAGGUGAGUGUAUUGCCGGAGAUGACGAGGAACGUCUCCCUAUUCUAACCGAGGAGGUUACAAACCUAACGGUUGUAGCAGGACGUGAAGCAAUCCUAUCCUGCCAUGUCAGUCAUCUUGGAUCCUACAAGGUUGCCUGGGUUAGGGUGGAUACUCAGACAAUUCUAACUAUUCAUAAUAGUAUUAUUACAAGAAACCAACGGGUCUCAUUAUCCCACAGGGAGCAUAAAGAAUGGAAACUACAUAUCUCAAAUAUUCAAGAGUCAGAUAGGGGCUGGUAUAUGUGUCAGGUGAACACAGAUCCAAUGAGGAGUAAACGAGGAUAUCUCGAGGUGACUGUUCCUCCAAGUAUCUUGGAUGCAAGAAGUUCUACAGAUCUAGUUGUCAAGGAAAAGGAUCGGGUCAACCUAACCUGUGAAGCUCGAGGAUAUCCUGAACCACAGGUUCUCUGGAGAAGAGAAGAUGGCGAAAUAAUCCUUAGUUCGGAGAAAGGGAAGACAAUAUCUGGUGGCUCUUUACUGUUUGAGAGGGUAGGACGAGAACAUAUUGGAACAUAUCUCUGUAUUGCCAGCAACGGUGUUCCACCAUCAGUUAGCAAAAGGGUUCAGCUUAGAGUACAGUUUCCUCCGAUGAUGACUGUUCCAAGUCAGUUAGAGAGAUCAAGAAUUGGGGGUAAUGUGUCACUCAGGUAUAGGUGCUACGCAACCUUACACGCCAUACCAUAUCCCUAA